AUCUCUAACCAGGUCAAUCAAAUCUAGGAAGUGCAGAGGUUUUUUGCGGAAAAAUUAUUUUAAAUAUAUUUUCAAUGAACUUAGAUUAUGUUAACUGACCAUCGCUGCAGAAUUUCAUUAAAAUGAUUCCUAGAUAAGUGUAUGUAAUGCGCUAUAUAAGUGUAUGCUUUAAAAGGAUAAGAAAAACAGGUGUGCCGAUAUAAUAAUAGCGCAUAGACCUUUAAAAUGUAAAUCUCUUUCAUUUUACAUAUACAGCAAGAAAUGUGCCGUGUAAUUUCAAUAUGUUACAAAGCAUAUACUUUGGAGCCGUUUGAUUAUAAAUGUUGAUGUUGAGUGUGACCCACUUAUGUACAUAUAGGUGGGCUGACCUCCGAAUGCGGACUUUGUGAAAUGUUAUUUUUAGCAGCUUUGCAGAUUAUUAAAUAUUUAUAAACUUACUUCGCAAUGCACAUUUGGAGAUGGAUAAUUGCAGAUAAACAUCUUUUGAUCUGCGUAUAUUAAUAGUAGAUCAAAAACUAAUGUAGUUCAAGAAAUCAGACAGUGAGCCAAUCUUCCUAAACGGGAUCAAUUUACCAUAGAUAAAGAAAACAGUGAUUUUACAAUGUCAAUACAGUUUGGCAACCCUAAAUGAAUUCAUUAGAAUUUGUAAAUAGAUUUUGCAUUAUGGUCACUUAGUUAAAGUCCGUAGAGUAUAGAAAGUUUGUUGUGGGCCUUAUGGCCUAAGGCCGCGUUCACACGGCAGUGAUGAAGAAGCAAAAUGUACGCACGCUAUCGUUAAUUGUGUGUACAUUUACUUAUUUACUAGUUGGUGCCGCUGUCUUUGAUGCACUUGAAUCUACUACUGAGAGAAAUCGAUUUGAAGUUUUACAAGCCAUAGAAGGCAUGAUAAUACGCAAAUACAAUAUAUCAGAAGAGGACUUCCGAGUAAUGGAGACUGUUGUUCUGAAGUCAGAGCCACAUAAGGCUGGGCAGCAGUGGAAAUUCACUGGAGCUUUCUACUAUGCAACUACAGUGUUGACUACUAUUGGUUAUGGACAUUCAACGCCUUCGACGAUAGGUGGAAAGUUAUUUACGAUGUUUUACGCUAUUGUGGGUAUUCCACUUGGGCUGAUCAUGUUCCAAAGCAUCGGUGAAAGGGUCAACAGACUUAGCAGCGUAAUUAUCAAAUCGAUAAAACGAGCAAUGAACUGUCGUCAGACGCAAGCGUCGGAGGUGGAUCUCAUAUGCGUGGUCACAACUCUCUCUUCUUUAACGAUAGCAGGCGGAGCCGCGGCAUUUUCUAAGUUUGAGGGCUGGAGCUAUUUCGACAGUGUGUAUUAUUGUUUCAUCACGCUUACUACCAUUGGUUUUGGUGAUAUGGUCGCUCUUCAAAAGGACAACGCGCUAAACCGCAAGCCGUCCUACGUGAUGUUUGCGCUAAUUUUCAUCCUUUUCGGCUUAGCCAUUGUGGCGGCGUGUCUCAAUCUCUUAGUGCUAAGAUUUGUCACGAUGAAUACUGAGGAUGAGAAGCGGGAUCAACAGCAAGCUGAACAGGCGCAACAAGUGGCAGUUCGAUUGGAAGGUGACGUGAUAACAGCUGAUGGUGACGUACUCAGGGGCGUGUCUCGCGGUACACGACUUCCCGCUACGCCGCGGAUGAUUAAACCAGGAGAUACGUCAAUGAUGCCGCUUUAUUCGGAGGAGGAGUACGCUCCCAGCGUAUGCAGUUGUACAUGCAAUUGUUUCGGCCAUAACUCAUCAGUACCAUACCGCGAUCCACUUUCGCCGUCAAACAUGCGCCAAAUACCGCGUUAUAGAGGCAAUAUACCUCGUUAUAUCGAGAAAUCUGCCUCAAAAUACAACUCGCAAACCCUUCGCCUCCAUUCCGCUUCCGGGUACCUAUAUAUGAACGCUAGAAACGAAUUUACAAUCGAGCCAGAAGAUUUCCAAGAGAUGGUCGCGAGACGACGAGAACAAUUGCGUAGGGGAAUGAAAAUGUGCCAAUACAGCCCACAAAGCUCAUACACAAAUAUACACGAGCGAAGCAACGAUCCAUUGGUAGACGACUAUUACUCGGAGAGAAGUAAUUACGAGAAGAAAAAACUGAAGAAGAACAUUGAUAGAAAUGUUCGACGUGAAAAUUAUUUCUACGACGAGGCAGUACUGCAUUUCGACGAUGAAUACGCGUUCGAUGGAUCGAUUAUUUUUGCUAAAAGGAGAAAAUCGAUUGAUAAGGACUUGUUAUGCGAUGCACGAUUUCAGUCGGAUAAAGUGUCGAUUGAUAGUUAUGGAUACUUUUUGAAUGACACAGAUUGCUUUGUUAAUGAUACUUUGACAUUGAGUAGGCCCGCUCAUAGGGCUAGUAUCUGAAGAUUCUGGUUUUAGUAACGUUUUAUUUCACUACAGUUUAUAAGACCCUUGACCCGAAUUAAUUUGUUUCUUAAUCAGCCUGGUUUUUCAAUAAUUAAUAAUUUUUUAAAACACAAAAUUAUAAUUGGUAGAUUUUUGUCCUGUGUCUAUAGAGGAAUGGCAAGUCAAAGUAUGGUUUCAAAUCGGAACAGUGCCAAUUAAGUGAAUCUUAUUUAAGUAUCUUUGCAUAGUUAAGCGAAUGCUUACGUCGAUUUUUCUGUGAAAUUUUUAUGAAAUAUGAUUACUUAUUAUUAUAUUUACAUUAAUUAGCCACAAUUAGAUUUUCUAUAUAACAACCUUUUGUCUACGUCAAAGUUCCACAAGAUGGCGCUUAAAUUAUUUGUUUGUGUCAAACAAUUGUGACACACGAAUUAUUGGACACGUGAUUCACAUAUAAAUCGACUUAAGCAAAUUAGUUAGUAUUGAAAAUGGGCCAACUAAUUAUAAAGACUCGAUUUUCAAGUGUAGUAUUAAUUUAUUAAUUAUCUAAGUAUUAAAUAUUAAGAGCUUCGCGGUGUAGAUAUUGUAUAGAAAUGUGCUUCGCAUUUUACUUUCUACGGACAUACUAUAUUUUCCUAUAGAAUCCUUACUACUUCAUAAUAGUAUUGUCGAGUAUACGUCAAUACAAAGUUUUCCCAUACAAUUUAUAUAUAUAUCCUAUAUAAAUUCGUGCUUCCGCUUAAUUCUCAACGGCCAUCUCUAUGGUUCUCUCUAGUUUAUAUAUUCUGAAAGUUACUUUAGGCGUUAUUUUUAUAUUGCCACAGAUUAGGUAUUUUUCACAGAUUAUAAUAAUUUUACGGGUGUUUAAUUUGAUACGUUUAUUGUCUAUGGUAAACAAUAGUAUGGCCGUAGAUAUCUGACUCCCUGGUUCCUUGACCACACUAGAUAUUACUAAAUAAGUAAUAGCACGAAAGCCUUUUGCCAGUCUCAACAAUACCUGUUGUUAAAAACUUUCGAAAGUAAACAAAAUUGGUACAAUGUUGGGAUUGGCCAAAAGAAAUUGUUCUUGUCAUAGGGACUAAGAACUUUGGUUAAGUCAACACUAAUAUUUGUCCCUAAAAAAACUUUUUUAUUUUAUGUUACAGUUUUAAGUAAUGUUUGACUCAGGUCAGGGUAGAUUACUUAGGGUCUGUUUCACAAUGGAUAAGUUCCAAAUAAGCUAUUUAUUACUUGUUGGUAGGAUAAACAGAAUUUUUGCAUUUCACGACUGUCAGAUAGCGCUAUUUGUCAUGAAGCGCGAAGUAUCUUUUAUUCGGAACUAUUUAUCUAUCUAUUUAUCUUUCGAAUAAUUUAUGUUGCAAAGCUAUGUGGUACUUUAUCCAUACAUUGUGAAAAGGCCCUUAGUGUAAUAUUCAAGAGCGAAUGUAAAUGUUUAUACUUCAAUAUUAUGUAUAGGGCUUUUCACCAUCUUCAUUUAAAAUGAAAAUGGAUUUCGACAGGACGUAGUAAACAGUGAGAUUAAAUUUGAUUAAAUUUAGAAAUUAAUUCUUAAAAGGCCGGCAACGCACUCGCGAGCCCUCUGGCAUUGAGAGUGUCCAUAGGCGGCGGUAUCACUUAACAUCAGGUGAGCCUCCAGCCCGUUUGCCCCUGUUCUAUAAAAAAAAUUUGAAGAUGGUGAUAGCUGCUGAUUUUUUCAGUUUGACUGAAAGGUUUAAAGGUUUAACCAUUAUACGUGGUUUUGAACUACAUUGAGGCCCGUAUUCGAAUCUAAAUCUAGUCAAAAUUGCAGUAAGCAUUCCUUGUUAAGUUUUGAGUGAUUUCUAUAUUCUGACUCAAGAUGUGUUUUAUUAUAACAUUAAGCCAAAUUUUCAGUAUUAAAAUGUUAACGCUUACAAAAAGCGACUUUUUUAAUGAUAUUAUUAAUAAUAAUGUUGAAAUUUAAAUUGAAAUUUCGAUUUUUUUAAAUAGAUGUUUUAUCGUAUUAAAAUACGGGUAAUUACUAAAUUUUAUGGAUAUGCCAAUUUAUUGUUUGAAUGCGCCAACCUGAUUUGUUAUAUUUUUUAUAACUUCUGUACUGUGAUAUUUUGCUUGUAUUUUUGUGUGUAUAAUUUUUGCUGUGAUAAAUAUGCCAAAUUGUAUUUGAUAAGAUUUCUUCCAUAUCGAAGUGAGAGUACAUGCAUUUGUAUCGAAACGAAGUAAAUUUGUAAUUGUUUGUGUUAGACGCCUUUCUUUAAGAAGGAAGGACGUUUAAAGAAUAUUUUCGUUUAAUAUCCUGAUUGCUUCCAAAGUACCAUUUGUAUCCAAUUUAAUUUAUGAAAAUGAUACAUUCUUGUAUUUUUUAUUCAAAACAUUCCACUUUUUUAUUAGUAUAAGUAAUGUGCCAAAAUCAUAUUCCUAGGCUAACAAACUUAUUUAAAUUUGUUUGGGUGGGAGUACAUUCAAUAACUUGCCAAAAACAUAAUUCAUAAAAUUUGCAAGUCAUGUUCUUUUUUCAACAGUAAUAUAUAUAUAUUUUAAUUUUCAUAAAUUCAUGAAGUAGUCAUCUGUCUACAUAUAUAUAUAUCUGUAUAUGAGAUGUCCUAAUACAUCGGUAGCUGAAUUUAUUUUAUUCUAAUCUAGAUAGGAUAUAAAAUCUAUCAAAAUUGUAAAUAAAUUUUUUGAGUGUACCCUCACUCAUUUUAUUUUAUAAUGUCAAUGGUUAGUGAAUAGUUGCCAAUAUCAUGUGUGUUGACACAAAUUAAGAUCAAGGCGAACACUGUAAGAUAGGUCUGUAUAUUAAUAAAACCUUUGACUGCUAACUGAUCUAGUUAAAGUUGUAAUUUAUAACGAAUUGUAAAAUAAAUCGGAUUUCAUUAAAAAAUAAUUUAAAA